AUGACGACCUUUGAGACAGCGUACGGCUAUUUCACCCCGGUAGCGGAUGCGCAGCACAUCACAAUGCCUAUUACCCUGAGCGCGCGCCAGGCCGCAGACGAGGAGGCGCGAGCAGAAGUCGAUGUCCUGACAUCACGGCUGGAGAAGACGGCGCAACUGACGAAGAAGAUUCAAGCUUCCCUGACACGGCUGGAGACCAGCGGGCGCAGCGUACAAGAGGCGAUUGGCCCGAUCCAUGGAAAUACACAACGCCUCCAGGUAUUGGGGAACAAUAUAGACUCAAUCCUGGGUGCGAUUGAGACGGUCCGAGGGCCGUCGGAUAUCAAGAAUAAUGAGGAGGAGAUCAUCAGAUCGGGGCCGGACAAUGCGGGAUUGUCAUCCUACCUGGCGUCGAUGAACCGAGUCACUAGGGCCUUGUCGGAUCUAAAAUCUACAAAUAUGAAAUCAAACCGGCAAGCCUUGUCGGAUCUCAGCCGGUUAAUACAGUUUGGGAAUCAGCAGCUGGAGUCCGUCUUUCGGCGGAUACUACAGGAAGAUGCGGCGCCAGUUGAGCCGCUGAACUUCAUCACAAAGCAAAAGCCCUGGCCCACACUCAGCCAGGACAAGACCACACGGCUUGGCCUCAUCAACUCCUUCGUCGGUGCGCGCCAACAGUCAUCAAUGGGAGCCCAAGAGAGCCCAACCGCAAAAAUAUACGCCAACGUCCGCGGUCCAUACCUACAAGCCUCACUCGCCAACCUAGCCGCUGCAUCCGUAAACACAGCCAAGAAGAAGUCCGCCGACGCCAUCUACAAGCACGGCACGAACGGCAUCGGGAUGUACGCCCAAGCCAUCAAAGGCGCCUACAUCGCCGAGCACGAAAACGUCUGCGCGCUCUUCGCCCGCGACGACUGGGGUCGGGUCUUCAACCUCGCCUGCCAAGGCGCCAUGGACGAUGUAGGCAGGACGCUGCGAGAGCUGAACGUGCAUAUCCGCGCCCACCUCACCACGGACUGUUUCCUCGCCUACGAGAUCCUGGAGAUCAUCUCGCAGCUCUCCAGCCGCGUGGAGACGCAGACAGGCGAGCUCAAAGGCCCAUUCGGAUCGGUCCUCAAGCCUAUCCGCGACACUGCGCGCUCCUCCCUCGCGGAACUCCUAGACGAUACACGCAAGCGCGUCAGCGGGAUCCAGAGCAUCCCCAUCGACGUCCCCCCUCUCCCCAUCACCACCGAGACAAUGGCGCGUCUACAAACCAUGGUAGAAUUCCUCCGCCCAAUCUCCGGCAUAAUGAUCUCCCUCGGCGACGGCAACUGGAAGAGCGCAUCCGGCGCGAACCCCUCCGCCGACGCCACCCCCUCCCUCGCCUCCUUCGACGUCACAGCCGACGGCAAAGAGCUCUUCGCGCACUACAGCGCCGACACGGUUGACGCUUUGCUCUCCUCCCUCCAGGCCAAGGGCGCGCAGCUGCUCAAGACGAAGCAGUUGCAGGGUGUGUUCCUGGCGAAUAACCUCGUGGUUGUGAAUCGCAUGAUUAGCGCGUCUGAUCUUGCGCCGCUGCUGAAAUCGCGGAUCCCGAGCCUGGAUACGUGGAAGAAAAAGGCGACGAGCUUGUAUAUGGAUCCGUGGCUGGAGACGUCGAGGAUCCUGAUGGACGUCGUGCAUACGGGCGGCAGCAGGACGGGGGGUGGGAGGCCGGGGAGGCCGACGUCGGGGAGCACGGGGAAUGAGAGCGCAGCGGUGGUGAAGGCGUUGAGUAGUAAGGAGAGGGAUGCGAUUAAGGAAAAGUUCAGGCAGUUCAAUGCGACGUUUGAUGAGCUGGUGGCGAAGCAUAAGAUGUUGACGAUGGAGAAGGAGGUUAGGGAGGUGUUUGCGAGGGAUGUGCAGGCGAUGGUUGAGCCGCUUUAUGGGAGGUUCUGGGACAGGUACCAUGAGUUGGAUAGGAGGAGGGGGAAGUAUGUUAAGUAUGAUCGCGGGGCGGUGGCGGCGAUUUGUGCGGGGUUGGCGUAG